UCCAAAUCCCUUGGAAUUGGAUUCACACACAGUUAUAAGUAGCCACAACAGUGUUAGAAAUAGAACACAGGUCAUCUUGAAGAGCUCUUAAAUCCUGAGAAAUCUCUCCAACACUUGAUCAAAUUUGUAAAAGAUAUACUUAUUUUAUUUUAUGCCUAUUACUGGUUUGCUUGUGUGCAUGACUAGAAAUACAUGAAUAAAGUACCACAAAGCUGAGUAGAGGUCAUUAAACCCAGAAUUAUCUCUCCAAUAACAAAUUUGAAUUUCUUAACAAAUUGUUAUAACAUGAGGGAUGAUGUCAGUUCUCAUGAAGCAAAAAUACACACCUGUUUACAAACAUUCAUGUAUACAUAUGCAGAGGCAAUGCUGUGUUAAAAUAUGUGUCAUGCUAUUGAACAACACAGGUAGAGUUGUAUUACACACACACACACACACACACACACACACUUAUAUCAUGAGUGAAGGGAAAGGAAAAUAUUUCUGAACUUGAUAUUCCGGAUCAAUGCCCAUUCAUUGUUUUCCAGAAAAAUCUCCUGUGGUGCGCCAAAGCAGUGCCACCUUUUCCAAAAUAAUAAUAAAACAGACACUAAAUCAAUUGAAAAUCUCAGAUCAUUGAGAAGAUUCUUGAAGACAGCACUGUGCAACCUGACCCUUACACCACUGUGCUAUGAAGCCAUCUCCAUGUUGCCUCAGAAAAAAACCCUGAAAACCAUGGAAGAGUUGACUCUUCAGAUCCUUUUGCCUUGUCAUGUUGUGGUUGGGACUGUGGGCAACAUCCUUCUGUUUGUCCAUAAUUUCUCUCCAGUCUUGACUGACUCCCGACUGAGGCCCAUUCAGGUCAUUGUAAUCAACUUGGCUGUGGCCAAUGCAUUCAUGCUCCUUCUCUUGACAUAUUCAUAUGACCAGAUUGAUUUUGUUCCACGGAAGCCUCCAACUGACCUCAGAUGUAAACUUGCAUACUUCUUUCACAUUGUGGCUCGAGGCACAAUCAUGUGCUCCACCUGUGUCCUCAGUACCUAUCAGUUUAUCACUCUUGUUCCUGGUACCUGGGCUAGGGUCAUGUUCAGAGAAAUAACCCCCAAGGUUGUGAGCUAUUGUUGUUAUACUUGCUGGUUGUUCAGUGUCUUAAAUAAUGUUUAUAUCCCAAUGAAUGUCAGUGGUCCACAGAAAUCACACAAUAACACUGAUUCUAAAGGCAAUUGGAUAUGCUCCAUCUCUGGGGUCAGUGUAGAUAUGAAUUUCUUGCGGUUUUCCCAUGACAUCAUAUUCCUUGGCAUCAUGGCCUGGACUAGUGUCUCCAUGGUGAUUCACCUAAACAGACACCACCAGAGAAUGAACCACAUACAUAAUCCUAAUCACAACAGCAGAGGCCAUGCUGAGACCAGAGCAGCCCACACCAUCCUGAUGCUGUUGGCCACAUUUGUGAGCUUAUAUAUUCUAGAUUGUACUUGUAGUUUAUUUUACAUUUCCUUUGUGGAAUCUCGUCUCUGGUUGAGGCAUGUCAUAAAAGUUCUGUCUCUGAGUUUCCCCACCAUUUCUCCCUUUCUGUUGAUCUUUAGAGAUCCUAGGGGUCCUUGUUCUCUGCUCAUCAUUAUGGGUCUGGAAAUCCAAGUGACUGGGGGAGCCAUUACAGCGGAACAGUAAGGUCAAAACAUUUACAAACCCUGAAAAUUUUCAUCCUGAUACCAACAGGAGAAGGACUGAUCCUGCCUUGCUCUAGGACUGCAUCUACCCACACACAGAGCCAGUCCAUCCCCCAGCUCUGCCAUGCUAAGGUAGUCAUUUAUCCUAGUGUCCAGUAUGCAGG